AUGGACCCCUUGCUUACUGACACAUUGCCAUCAUCCCUCCCGGGAACUGUUCCUGAUGCCGGCCAGCACGUCGGGCAUCCAAUAACAUCAAAGGUGGUUCAAGCCGGGGGAUCGCCCUUCAACCACAGUUCUGGGACGUGUGCACGGAUCGCGGGAGCCCACGCCUGCAGCUUGGCUAAUCCAGUUCCGGUUGGCGUGCGGUCUAGGUCACCUCAGCUCGUCGCGAUGCUGGCUGGCUGCCGACUUUGUUGCCAUCCCCUGCCGUGGUACCGUUUGCCCAGUGCCUCCUUACCCGACGGUAUGGAUCGUGAUGCAUUCUGCAACUCGCUCGGGUCUGCGAACCCAUCUGUUGGGUUCAAGCCCUGA